CUGGGACAAUAGUAGGUGGUGCACACUUCCUUCGCCCGGCCACAGAAGACAAAAAAGAGUUGCUGGUGUAACAAUAGGAAGAAUAUAUUCCACUCCUCUCUUGUACACGCGGCUUAUGAGAUGAACGCUCGUCAAGAAGAACGUCCCCUUCAGCAGCAGGAGGAUCCACAGCCCCCCCACAUUAAAGAGGAAGAGGAGGAAGUGUGGAUCAGUCAGGAGGGAGAGUGUCCUGUAGGGCAGGAGGAGGCUGAUGUCAGCAAGUUUCCACUGACUGUUGUCUCUGUGAAGACUGAAGAGCAUGAAGACAAACCACCUGAGUCCUCACAGCUUCAUCACAGUCCAAACGUCCAGCAGGUGUCAGCAGAGAGUCAUGAAGAGAUUCCCUCCAAGCAGCAGGAGUGGAGCUCCAGUGUGGGACAGAAGGAGCUACAGGCCCCCUCCCACAUUAAAGAAGAAGAGGAGGAACUGUGGAAGCAGCUUCAAAGGUUGGUGGAGGAUAAUGAUGAAGAUGAAGCUCAGUCCUUACAGCUUCAUCACAGUCAAAGUGAGGAAAACAGAGGGGCGGAGCUUGUAAGUCAACACAUCACAGAAGCUGAUGGAGAGCAUUGUGAAGAUAUAAAGUCAGAACCAGACAGCAUCUUUGCUCCACUGUCAGACAUGGACCACAUGAUGUCACACUCUUCUGAUCACAGUGACCACAUCCAAAAACCUUUGGAGAGUAAAAAUGACUCUAAAGGUGAUACGAGACAUCACACUAACAACAAAGACUCUGACUGCUCUGAAUGUGAGAAAUCAUUUAGACUGAAGAGUGAUUUUACAGUACACAUGAGAAUACAUACUGGAGAGAAACCUUUUACUUGCUCUGUUUGUAAGAAAAGUUUCUCCACAAAGCAACACAUGACCACACACAUGAGAACACACACCGGAGAGAAACCUUUUACUUGCUCUGUUUGUAAGAAGAGUUUCUCCGUUAAGCCUGCCAUGACCAGACACAUGAGAACACACACUGGAGAGAAACCUUUUACUUGCUCUGUUUGUCAGAAGAGUUUCUCCACAAAGUCUAACAUGUCCUCACACAUGAGAACACAUACUGGAGAGAAACCUUUUACUUGCUCUGUUUGUAAGAAUACUUUCUCCACAAAGCCUAACAUGUCCUCACACAUGAGAACACACACUGGAGAGAAACCAUUUAGUUGCACUGUGUGUGAUAAGAUGUUCUGGCAUAAGUAUCAGGACAGUAAACACAAGUGUGUAACAGUCAUGGAAGCUGCAGGGAUUUAAAAACACUUAGUGAUUGUGCUAAAUGUACUUUAAAAACGCAGCAUGUUUAAUAUGAAUGUAUAUUUGAUGUUGUAUGUAGUGCCUCUCAUCUUCUACUGUUAAAUUUAAAGGCCUACUGAAAGCCACUACUACCGACCACGCAGUCUGAUAGUUUACAUAUCAAUGAUGAAAUAUUAACAUUGCAACACAUGCCAAUGCGACCUUUUUAGUUUACUAAAUUGCAAUUUUAAAGGAGAACAUUAUCACCAGACAUAUGUAAGAGUCAAUAUAUACCUUGAUAUUGCAGAAAAAAGACCAUAUGUUUUUUUAACGGAUUUCCGAACUCUAAAAGGGUGAAUUUGGCGAUUUAAACGCCUUUCAAUUGUUCGCUGUCGGAGCAAUGACCUUUCACCUGUGACGUUCGAACGGGAAGCAAUCCACUAUUUUCUCAAACACAUUACACACACAAGUCAAAUCAGCUCUGUUAUUUUUUGUUUUUACUACUGUUUUCCGUCCCUUGGAGACAUCAUGCCUCGUCGGUGUGUUGUCGGAGGGUGUAACAACACGAUCAGGGACGGAUUCAAGUUGACUUACGUGGCGUGUGCAUCGAUUAGCAUGGCAUGCUAAUCGAUGCUAACAUGCUAUUUAGGCUAGCUGUAUGUACAUAUUGCAUCGUUAUGCCUCAUUUGUAGCUAUAUUUGCAUCCAGCCUUUCCCUCCACCCACAUUUAAUGCCAAACAAACACAUACCAAUUGACGGAUUCAAGUACACCAGUGGUCAAAUGAUGCAAAAGUCCCUUGUUUGUUCUGCACAUUUUACCAACGACAGCUAUGCUACGACAGAUGGCACAGAGAUGUGUGGAUAUCCUCCGACACUCAAAGCAGAUGCAUUUCCAACGAUAAAGUCAACGAAAUCACAAAGGUGAGUUUUGUUGAUGUUAUUGACUUAUGUGCUAAUCAGACAUAUUUGGUCACGGCAUGACUGCCAGCUAAUCGAUGUUAACAUGCUAUUUAGGCUAGCUGUAUGUACAUUUGUAGCUAUAUUUGCCUCCAGCCUUUCCCUCCACCCACAUGUUAUGCCAAACAAACAUUUACCAAUCGAUGGAUUUAAGUUGCUCCAGUGGUCAAAAGAUGCAAUCGUUGGUUAGAAGGCGAUUGCCGAAUAGCUUCAAUAGCUAUUCGCUCAAUAGCUUCAGUUUCUUCUUCAAUUUCGCUUUCGCUAUCUGCCUCCACACUCCAACCAUCCGUUUCAAAACAUUCGUAAUUUGUUGAAUCUGCUGAAAUCCACGUCUGAAUCCGUGCUAAUGUCGCUAUAUCUUGCUGUUCUAUCCGCCAUGUUUGUUUGUAUUGGCGUCACUAUGUGACGUCACAGGAAAAUGGACGGGUGGAUUUACAGAUAGCGAAAUCAGGCACUUAAAGCCUUUUUUCGGGAUAAUCCAUGAUGGAUAACAUUUUGAAAAAAACUUCAAAAAAUAAAAUAAACCACUGGGAACUGAUUUUUAUUGGUUUUAACCCUUCUGAAAUUGUGAUAAUGUUACCCUUUAAAUUUCUCUCCAGUUACUUGUUAAAAAUGUCGCGGAAUGAUGACGCAUACGCGUGACAUCACCUGUUGGAGGGGACAUAUUAGCGUAGCACCAAACACGGCUAAAAGUCGUCUCUUUUCAUCGCGCAAUUACAAAGUAUUUUGGACACCUGUGUUGCUGAAUCUUUUGCAAUUUGUUCAUUUAAUAAUGGAGACUAUAAAGAAGAAUGCUGUUGGUGGAAAGCGGUGGAUUGCAGCUGUCUUUAGCACCGAGACACAGCCGGUGUUUCUUUGUAUGUUUUUAACACAGAGCGGUCAAGCGAACAUGUUUUCUCUACGUCAACCAGCAUGUUUUUGGAUGGGGAAAUUGUGAUAUAUAUAUUACCGGAGAAAUCGUUGGAUUAUUCGUCGUUCUGCAGCAGCUGUGAGUUUGGCUCCUCGGCUUCUCUCUGAGACACUGGCGUGUUCACCGCAGCCAUCCGACCUCGAGGUAUGUUUUUACAAUCUUACUAAAACACUAUUAAAACAAUAAGCAGAUAAGUGAUCUUCCACAAUUAUCCUAGUAAAUGUGUCUAAUUACAUCUGAAACGCUCACACUGCCGUCUCCCGGAGCCGUCGCGUUUUUUUUUUUUUCUUCUAGUCCUUUACUAUCAAUAUCCUAAUUCACAAAUCUUUC